GCUGAAGUAGUUAGGAAGCCAGUGUCGGAUCUCUAAAAGCGGAAUGAGGAAGCUCUGUUCCUGAUGGUGCUAUCAAUGGCAUGGAUUUUUGAAUCUUCCGUGGAGGAGAGAAGUGAGGAACAGAACACAAACAACACGGUUUUGCACAUAGCUGCAAAGCUUGGUCACCGAGAACUUGUCUCCAAGAUUAUUGAGCUCCGACCUUCUCUUCUCUCUUCCCGCAACGCAUAUGGAGACACACCUUUGCAUGUUGCUGCUCUUCUUGGAGAUGUAAACAUAGUUAUGCAGAUGUUAGACACUGGAUUGGAACUAUGUUCGGCACGCAAUAACAAGAACCAAACACCCCUCCACUUAGCUUUCCUUAGCAUUUUCCUGGAGGCUGCCAAACUCAUCGUGGAAAAGACGAAUUCAGUCGACCUCGAUGAACUCAAUUUCGCCUUAUCAAGUGGAUCUUCUUGUAUUGUUGGGAUUAUACUGGAGAGAUUCCCAGAGCUAGCUAGGAAAAAUGCUUGGGUGGUUGAAGACGGCUCGCGAUCAACGCUACUGCAUUAUGCGUGUGACAAAGGUGACCUUGAACUGACAAGUAUAUUGUUAGGACUCAAUCAAGGACUAGAAGAAGCUCUUAACAUCAAAGGUUUAACACCUCUGCAUCUGGCAGUCCAAAGAGGCUCAGUUAUAAUCCUGGAGGAGUUCAUGGACAAGGCUCCAUUGUCUUUCUGCGUAAGAACGUCGUCAGAAGAGGCAGUCUUUCAUCUCGCUGCACGAAACAAAAAUACCGAUGCCUUUGUUUUCAUGGCGGAGAAUUUGGGCACUAGCAGCCCAAUUCUUUUGAAGAAAAAAGAUCGAAAGGGGAACACUGUCUUACAUAUUGCUGCUUCUGUGGCUUGUGGUGCUCCGCUUAUGCGUUACAUUGUUGGUAAGAAGAUAAUAGAUAUCAGAGAAAGAAACAAUAUGGGUUAUCGAGCUUACCACCUUCUCCCUCGACAAGCCCAAGACUAUGAGUUUAUAUCAAGCUACCUGAGAUGUGACACCAAGACUUCAUCAGAAGUGGAUUCUAAAAAGGCUGAGAGAAAUGAAGAACACAUAGGGCAUUCUGAGGUAAUAAGGUUGCUUGAGCUAAUCGAAAUAAGCACAUCAGAGAUAGCGGAGAGAAAGAAAAGCAAGAAACAUCAUGUUAAAAGAGGUCAUAAGAGCUUGGAACAUGAGAUGCAUAUAGAAGCAUUACAAAAUGCAAGAAAUACGAUUGCGAUAGUGGCAGUCCUGAUUGCUUCAGUUUCUUAUGCCGGUGGGAUAAACCCACCGGGCGGCGUCUACCAAGAGGGGCCAUGGAAAGGGAAAUCACUUGUAGGCAAUACCGCAGCAUUUAAAGUCUUUGCAAUAUGUAACAACAUUGCAUUGUUCACGUCCUUGUGCAUUGUUAUUCUUCUCGUUAGCAUCAUACCUUACAAGAGGAAACCCUUGAAGAAAUUAUUGGUGGCCACACACAGGAUGAUGUGGGUUUCUGUAGGGUUUAUGGCGACGGCUUAUGUUGCAGCAUCUUGGGUGACUAUACCGCAUUUAUCGGGAACACGAUGGUUAUUUCCAGCUAUUAUCUCUGUUGCUGGUGGAUCAUUGACGGUACUCUUUUCGUAUCUAGGAGUUGAGACUAUUGGUCAUUGGUUUAAGAAGAUGAAUCGUGUAGGAAGAGGACUACCGAUUUAUUUUAUCAAAGAAAGCCGUGUAGAAGAUAUACCUGCCAUUACAAAAAGUGAAGGAGAAAUGCCUUCCUUUGCAAGGACCAACUCAGACUUAGCCGUCUCCGAAGGAUCAGGCUAUUUCACCUAUUUCACCUGGCAACGGAGACUACCCUCUGGACCUCUGGUGCUCAAGCCUUUAUGUGGUGUUUGCAGCCUAUCUUAUGGGUUUUCAGUGCCUAAAGUGAUUCUUCUUGAUGAUCUUCUCCCCCUCACAGGGACCGGCACAAGAUUUUCAUGAAGCAUAUUUAUUACCAGAUGUAUGAUCUAUCCCUCCUCAAGGGGUUUCGUCUAAACUGGUCUCACCUAUGUUGUUUAAUU